CCCGACCAGUGCGUUUUGUAACCCUGCGCGUUAAGGACGUGUCGUCCCACGCGAAAAUUAUCGCGAAAAUAUUACGAUGAAAAUUGUCAUUUGAGUUUCUUUUUUUCUGUGAACGAAUUGUGGUUGUGUGUGUGUUUAAUUCACGGUUUUGUGUGGUUGUGUGUGUUUUGUAGAUGUGAAAUGUAAUCGACGGGAGGGAAAAGAAUGAUUGAGAAGCGGACUUUGUUACAACACGAGGGAAGCUAACAAGAUUCAAGCAAUAAUGACUAUAAAUUUAAGUGCGACGGAAUGUAACCAAGUUUCCCAAAUGUGACGUUCACUAAACUCAGUGCCAAAACAAUGUUUUGCAGUAAAGAACUUAAACUACUCUAUGCUACUGUUGUUCUGUUGCUCGAAGCUGAAUUGUUAGUGAACACAGGUGCUAUGGAGUCGAAGAGGUCUUCCAUAUUGGUCACGCAAAAUGCGGACGACCUUAAGUCUCUGGAAUUGUGCACUACGAGAAAUCAACAGAGGUUGGGCAGUGUUUUUGGGAAUUUCACACGCCAUCACAAGAAAGGUCAUCGAAGAAGAACCACUACGACGACGUCAUCAACUCAAACUACAAUAACAUAUACCACAACUGACAGCAAUGAAGGUUCUACGGAAAUGUAUACAACUAGUGCCUACAACGUUAGCACUAGUACCACAUAUCCAGAACUACCAAAACCACUUCGUCUAUCAUCCCUUAACUUAGAUAACGACUUCGAUGAAAAUGUACAUAAUAUAAAUAAUGUUAUAGAAGCAGUUAGAGAUAUAAGUCACGAAAGACACCAUAAUAAACACCAUGAUCGCUUACAAAAUAAAGAAAUUAAUACGGAAUUAGAUGAAUCAUCAAUAUCUAAGUCUUUAAAUAAAGUUAAGAAAUUGUACAGAGAUUCUCCUGCAUCAGCAGUCAAUAAGUUAAGUGGGAGAGCUAAGAAUGGUAUAUUUUUGACUGACAACUGCACUACUGUUAUAGCUCAAAUAGGAACUACUGCAAUAUUACACUGUGAAGUUAGUGAUAUAACGGAAAACACGGUGACGUGGAUCAGGAGGAAAGAUUACUCACUGUUAUCAGUCGGCCUUGUCACUUAUAGUGCAGACAGCAGAUUCUUUUCGGCCCACGGGAGACAUGUCAAGGACUGGGCGUUACAUAUACGCUUCGCAACGUCAGCUGACGCGGGCUACUACGAGUGUCAAGUGCCAACACAUCCGCCUACAAGCAUUUUUUUUAAGCUCGUUCUCGUCGCGGCGUAUGCAGAAAUAAUGGGCGAAUCUGAGAAGAUCAUCCACGAAGGUUCGAUGUUAAAACUAGUUUGUGUGGUCAAGAGGUCCACGGAGCCGCCCUCCUACGUGUUUUGGUACUUCGAAAAUAGGAUGAUUAACUAUGAUUUGAAUGGAGUGAGCGUGCACAACGGCAGGCAGACGAGCGAGCUAAUUAUCGGGAAAGCGGAGCCGCGGCACGCCGGCAACUACACGUGUGUGCCAGCCAACGCUAAGGCGGCCUCGGUCACGGUACACGUUGUACAGAGUGAAACGCCCGCCGCAAUGCAGCACGGGAAUAAUUCGUCAGUGAAAACACAAGUGCAUUUAGCUCACUCGUUGAUACUAUUGUCGUUAUUCAGCGUGUUGCAACGGAACGCGCGGCGGUUUGGAUAACGACGUCGCUCCUUGUAAAAUAAUUAAUUGUCGUUGUGUAAUUCGUUUAUUUUCUCUCCGAAUGUUAAUAGAUGUUUUCCACUUGAAAAUGAAUUGAGAAUUAGAAUAAAGAAUUAUUUUUGUGAUAAUUAUUUAAUUUUAAACAUAAUAGAGCGGUAUAACUUGUAGCUUUGUAUAGUUUAUUUUCGUUUCUUAAAUUCUUUAUUUUAUUAUGAAUGUUUUCUACUUGAAAAAUAAAACUAUAAAUUUUUAUUGAAAUUGAUAAAGUUAAAACACAAGUGCAUUUAGCUCACUCGUUGAUACUAUUGUCGUUAUUCAGAGUGUUGCAACGGAACGCGCGGCGGUUUGGAUAACGACGUCGCUCCUUGUAAAAUAAUUAAUUAAUCGUU